AUGCCACCCCGAGCGUCCCUGACCGGCUCCUUCUCUGUCACUGACGCCAAUAAUGAGGUUGUCUGUCCAUUGAAGAAUAAUGAUGGCUCCAAUUGCCGCAAAAGAUGCCUGGGUGAGAAACGGUAUCGCUCCAUGCAGGAGCAUAUUCGACGAGCCCAUCCCAACCACUACAUUCCGAAGCUCCCGGCUACCGAAGAGAGCUUUCUCUUGAUGGUCACCACGCCUCCGGAUCAGCGUGCCCAUAUAUCCCCUCCGAACCAAGCUUCAUCUCGAAGACAUAAUGACCGAGAUAUUUACGUUGCGGAUGCCAGCUCGCCUGCAACCCCCCGUGGCAUCGAUGAAGCUCAUCCUGCAGCUGCAACAGCCGCUGUUGCAUUGGCUCAAUUGCACCAUCACCGUUUAGCGUCGGACUGGGAUACUGAUAUGGUAUGGAUAGCACAUCGAGACAGAAUUACUUUAGCUGACAAGUCACAGGAGGUUCACUCAGAUAACGACAUUGGUCGAGACCGCAUGCGAUCAUCAAUCGAACUGCCACCCCUGCGUGACCACUUCAAGCAAGAACCGCUACCUCCAUUUUCGUCGCCGCGUCCGCGAGAACUGCUUCCUUCUAUUCUCAACCACUCUCCUCCCGGUCGCUCAUCGACACUACCUCCUAUCCAGCGAAGAGACAAGCUACCGCGUCCGCGCAGGUCUUCUAUCUCUCGCAAGCUAAAGCAUGACCGGACAAGGUCGAAAGAUUAUGGAAGACGUCCUAGCCUAGGGGAUCGCAAGGCACUUUCGGCUGAGCCUCAAACGGCGGCUUGGGCGCAAGGCAAGCGGUGGGAGGACCUGAUUGAGGCGGCCACCUCGGCCACUGAAGCAGAUGAUGAACAAAACUCGGAUAUCGGUCGCUCACCGACCAUUCCCCCUCUGAUUUCUAACAUAACGUCGGCUCCCGCUCAAAAUCGUUCGUCGUUACCACCUGCUUUUCAGUCCGGAAGUCUGCCUCCACCUGCAUCGCACCGCCCGUUCCCGCCUCACUCUUACGCGGCUUCCCCUUUACACAAAUCCCUCACACCGCCGCCUUUUGAGACUCGCAGCCGGGACGGUGAUCUCGAGCCUUUCCCUUCUAUUGAAUCCUCUAUCGAUUCGGCGUCCACAACAUCCGGCAAAAAUCCCAAUUACGGAAGAAACAUGGGAGCCUCUGCGAAUUCAGACUCCAGUCCAGUUCUGAAUCUAUUCCCACCUUCUGCGUCGCAGCGCCAGCACCACCGGUUCUCGAACCCAACCCCCGCGUCAUUCCGAAACAAGGAAAUCCAGAUAUACUGCGCGAGCUGCAAGCGGCCGUGGCCCCUGAACGAAUGUUAUGCGUGCACCGAGUGCAUCUGCGGUGUAUGCCGGGAGUGUGUGGGAAUGUUCGUUAGCAGUCCUCCCGUCUCGUUCAAGAACGUGACCUCCAGUCCCGGCAGCGCAGUGACCAGCAACAGCGCCGGGUACGGUCCUACCAGCUACCCGAGUCCGCGUGGAUGUCCACGGUGUCGGACUGUCGGUGGCAAAUGGAAAGCAUUUCAAAUCGAAAUCAGGUGA